UAAGACUAAUUCCAACAUCCAUCUCUUCAAUAAUUGUAAAGAAAUCGUCGUGUUUCACAUGGGCCAUUACCACGUCCAAGUACAUCCUUUCUACUCACAUCAAUAUCUGAUUUUGUCCCCCAUGUGACGUCCAGGUACAUGCCCCUUCACCAAAAUUACCAUAAAUACCACUCUCACCCUUUCUAUUUUCAUCUCUUUUAAAACCCUCAACAAUUCUCACACCACAACAAAACCAACCACCUAAAAAACGCGCGGGGCAAUUUCGUAAUUCCACCACUUCGCCGGUAAAAUGAUUUCCGACGCCGGAGCUCCACUACUUCCGACGAAAUGCGUCGCCGAAAAACGAACCGACACUGAAGCGUCGAUUUCUGGCGCCGUGUUUAAUGUGUCGACGAGCAUUAUCGGUGCCGGAAUUAUGUCAAUUCCGGCGACAUUGAAGGUUCUCGGAGUUAUUCCGGCGUUUUUUCUGAUUGUUACCGUCGCAUUGUUGUCGGAUUUGUCUGUCAACUUUUUGCUUCGGUUUACUUACUCCGGUGGUUCGGUGAAUUUUCCCGGCGAACCGGCGACGUACGGUGGUGUUAUGAGGGAGUCUUUUGGUUGGGUUGGAUCUUUGCUUGUUAAGCUUUGUGUCAUCAUUUCAAAUUGGGGCUGCUUGAUCGUUUAUCUUAUUAUUUUAGGCGAUGUUUUCUCUGGAAGUGAGAAUGGAGAUUCCAUUCAUUUGGGUGUUUUACAAGAAUGGUUUGGCUCUCAUUGGUGGAAUGCUCGGCCUUAUGCCCUUUUCUUCAUUGUCACAUUCAUUCUUCUCCCUUUAGCACUUUUCCGGCGUGUUGAAUCCUUGAGGUUUUCCUCUGCAGUGGCUGUUCUCCUAGCUGUGGUGUUUGUUUUCAUCAGCUUCGUGAUGGCCAUCUCUGCGCUCUUUCAAGGAAAUGUUCAAAAGCCUAGAUUGUUUCCUGAAUUGGAUGGUCAUUCCUCAUUCUUCAACCUCUUCACUGCUGUCCCAGUAAUUGUUACAGCAUUCACAUUUCACUUCAAUGUUCAUCCAAUUAGUUCAGAACUUGGCAAGCCGUCUAAGAUGACAACAGCAACAAGAAUUUCUCUCAUACUUUGUGUUGUCAUCUACUUCUCUGUUGGCUUCUUCGGGUACCUUCUGUUUGGGGAGUCAAUUGCUUCCGACAUACUUGUAAACUUUGACAGGUCUUCUGCAAGUCCUUUCUUGAAUGAUGUGGUACGGUUGAGCUAUGCUUUUCACCUUGUGCUAGUAUAUCCUCUGCUGAACUUCUCUCUGAGGGGCAACAUAGAUGAACUCCUGUUCCCUAAGAAGCUAGUUUUGGCUAAUGACAACUUCAGAUUCGUGUCUCUCACUCUAGUACUAUUAGGCUUAUCAUACUUGGCUGCUAUUGCCAUCCCGGAUAUAUGGAUAUUCUUUCAGUAUGUUGGUUCAACUACCAUCAUCUCAAUAGCAUUCAUUUUCCCUGCUGCCAUCACUCUAAGAGAUGUCCGCGGUAUAUCUUCAACAAGAGAUAAAGUUGUUGCCUUGAUAAUGUUGACUUUGGCAGUAGUUACCAGCACGAUUUCUAUUGCAACAAAUAUUUUCAACGGAAGCAAGUCUUAGAAUUACCCUCUUAAUCAUGAUUUUCUGGCUCGAUUAUAUUCAUCGCGAGUAUUUUUGGUAUAUUAUAUGAUUAUAGUGUCUGUAAAUUGAGUGGGAAUGCGGUUGAUUUUAGCACCAUGAGCUAUUCAUGUGUAGAUGUGAAGUAAAUGAGUAAAUACAUGGCCUUGUUCCAACUUGGAAUGAUGUCUUUGUAUCAUGGACUGGUGGUAUGUGUAUGUAACUGUGUUGGAGAGUUGGUCAUCUGCAGAUAGAAAUAGGGUCAGAGGUUUUUGCAAUCUAAUGUAAAUUUUUAUACAUAUAUGGAUUUCAACUUACAUUCAUGGAGUGAAAUCUUAAUUUUGAGUACUUUUUAUUUAGAAAGAAUAACUAUUUAUGAUUGAGAAA